AUUUUCACUAAUAACAAAGUUACUAAUGGUGGACACUUAAUUUGGAUAACCCUGUAUAUACGUCUUGGUAUCAAAGUCAGACCAAUAAGUAUUCCAUACAAACCCGCUACACCAUGAAAUACUGGUUGCAUCUCCAUUUGCGAUGUAUAUAAAGGUUCAAAUAGGGUAUGUCUUAACGAAUUCUAGCCUUAUACAGAAUAAUUUCCCACACAGUAAAAUUUUUGGCGCGAAAUCAAAACCUAACCCAUACAUAUGCUUCACGCAAUCCUGAACCGCUGGUCCUCUCUAUCCUACCUGAGCCAAAUCCCAGGCGGCUUCCUAGUUGAACAAACGAACCUGAUCCAUGCAACGUUGCAAAGCGCUACUGGAAUCCUUGGCAGUACUGAACUGUCAUUUACGGUGGACCAGAUCAGUUCAUCGCGUAAGUAGGCAACAUCAUAUCAUUAAUUUGCAUGGGUGAGUAGUGAGAAAUUCCUUGUCGGAACAGGCUGACAGAGAAAUACACGUGCUUUCAGUUAAGAUUAGCAAAAACAAAGGGACAUUUUUUCUCAAGCAGAUACGUUGGGCAAUCAAAUAUUUUACCUUGUUUUGGAGCCUUUCCCACGAAAUAGUUGAUAUUAAAUUGUUUCAAAAUUUAUUCUUAUCCGUUAGAAUAAGGUAUACAUUUGCAUCGGAUCAUCUUGCAUCAUGCAUUACACUAGAUAAUUUAUAUCAUUUAUAAAAGCAUAUACUUUAGGGCGGGUGAUAACCGCAUUUGACACAGAAACAAAGUUAAUAUUUUUUGGGUUUCUCUCGGGGAUAAUAGUAAUGAUAAAAUAAUUAUGUUGCUGUCUGACCGCUAAUCCUUGACUUCUCUAGUACAGAAGUACUAGUCGAAUUUUGAGGAAAUUUUUACACAAGGUAAUUCCGCUGCCAAGAUGGGUUUUAAAAAUCGGCCAAGUGGCAACGAAGUUAUCGUCAAAAAGAGUCAAAAACUGAAAUCGCUCGGAGUUCGUUUCCUGACUUUUGAGAGACUCCGCAGGCACUAGACAGAAAGAUCAGAAGUCGUCAUGAUAAAAUAUAUCUAUUUAAUUUGGAAAGCUUGCAAUAUUAUUUUUUCGAGAACACGUAUUACGAGAAAGGGAUAGGGUAGAAGCAUACUUAAACAUAAUUCUUUCACUUUUGAUGACUACACUAUACAGAUGAGUGUUGCAGAAAACUAUUAGAGCAUGUGCCUAUAGCGCCUUACUUUACAGCUACAGCAUUUUUAUUGGUUGUUUGAAACAAGCAAGCUCAGAAAAAGCGACAUCAAAACAAAAGACUGUCACUGAGUAACUGCAGGUUGACGUUAGAUCUCCGUUUUUUUAGUCUAAUGGUAAGACCGGUCAUGGUUUACGACUGAAAUCAGUGCUGAAAGAAAAAUUAUUGUAUCAUGCGUUAUGCUAGAUAAUGAGUAUCAUCUUUAAAGAGCGCUCUACACUUAGCCCGCGAAUCACGGCGCGAUUUCGCGGCGCGAAUUUGCCAAGACUUUACCAUGGACUCCACACUCGCAAUAGUUCGCAGCAUUUUCAGUCAUCGUUCGCAAAGUUCGCAACGUUGAGCGAUAUGGACGUAAAUGUUGCUGCUGCUGCGGCCCCUACAUUGUGCGCAUUAGCAAACUAUAACUACGUGUAUUUUAAGAAUACGACGGAAAUUAAGAAACGGUGGAGAAAGCGAAGAUGGUGGAUGACAAGUAUUCAUCGUAAUAGAACAACGUAAGUAUACAUUUAGCAGUUUCAUAGGAACCUAACCUAUAAUAAAUUAUUAAUUAUCUUUAAUGUAAUCAUUCCGAAUGCUUAUUUUUACAGGAUAACAAUGGAAAAGCAGCUGAGUGAAUUAGUGGCAGAACCAUCUGGUGAAUUCCAUAAGUUAACUCGGAUGUCUUUAGCUGAUUUUGAAUAUUUGCUUAAUCAAAUUUCAAGCAAGAUUUCAAAACAAGAUACUCAAUUACGAAAAGCUAUUCCAGCUCAGAUACGUUUAGCCAUAACACUGAGAUAUUUGGCGACAGGAGACGACUUCCAAAGUCUACAUUUCCUAUUUAAGAUUUCUCCUCAACUGAUUUCGAAUAUUAUACCAGAAGUAUGCAGUGCUCUAAACGAAGUAUUAAAGGACGAAAUUAAGAUUCCUUCGUGGCCAAAUGAAUGGUUAGAAAUCGAAAAAGGAUUUUCGCCAACAUUACCCCGAGCUAUUGGGUCUAUAGAUGGCAAACAUAUCGUUUUGGAAAGCCCAAUUAACUCUGGAUCUCAAUAUUACAAUUACAAACGAACAUUUAGUAUAGUACUACUAGCAGUAGUAGAUAGCCAAUACAAAUUUAUUUUUGCUGAUAUUGGAUGUCAAGGAAGAAUUAGCGACGGUGGAGUGUUUGGAAAUUGUCUUUUGUGGAAAAAAAAUGCACAAACCAAUUAAAUUUACCAACACCGCAUCCUCUUCCUAAUUCAAAUAUUGACGUACCCUAUGUCUUCUUGGCAGACGGAGCUUUUGCCCUUUCACAACAUGUUAUGAGACCAUUUCCUGGUAACCAUAACGUGAGCACUAGGCCACGUAAAUUUAACCAGAAAUUAUCAAGAGCACGGGUUGUUGUAGAAAAUACGUUUGGUGUAAUGGUGACAAAGUUCCGAAUUUUUAAAAGACCUAUUCAACUACAGCCAGAUAAAGCCGGUAUUGUGACCAUGACAUGUAUUUUAUUACACAAUUAUUUGAGGCGAAGCAGGACUUCUUCCCACAUUUAUACACCACCCGGUACUAUUGACCAAUAUGACAACAACGAUGUACUUAUACAACCCGGUUCGUGGAGGAGUGAAAUUGAAAGAACAUCUGCAAUUCGUAAUGUGCGACAUAUACCCCGCCGUGCCGCUGCUAAUGCCAUCGAGAUAAGGAACGAAUUUUGUAACUAUUUUAAUCGUUAAAAUGUAUAAAUAAGUGACCAUUAAUAAAACAUUACUUACCGUAUUAAUAGUUUUAUUACAUUUUGUGGUGUCGCUCAAGAAGGCAUCCAUAAAUUCAUAGGUGAACCAAACGGGCUUGUAAACCUCGUCGGAGCCAGCACCUGAACUUAAGGAUUUCUUUACUUUAGUUUUAUAGCUUCUGUAGCUUGAAAGCAACGAAUCUCUUUUCUUCUUCAAAUCAGGAACUGGUAUCUCCAUAAUUGCGCUGAUGCGCAUCCAUGCGUCGUGCAUUUUUAAUUUAUUUUUGUGAUCCUUUUGUUUGGGGUCCCACAAAAUAGGUUCUGAUUGGUAAAUCUCGAGAAAUUGCAUCUCCAUUUCAUUCGACCACGUUACGCUCAUUUUGUCCACAUUAAAUCCGACUGGCACGUACAACAGCUCGAUCAACACUGGGCGUCGCAGACUACGAGUGUGGAGUCAUGCACGUUCCUGUCGCGUUCGCGCUUCGCGCUCCCUUUGACGCGGUACAAAACACCGACAAAAAUCGGGGAAAAAAGCGCGAAUCCGCGGAGAAUAUGCGAAUCGGCUCCACACUUAGCCCGCUUUUAUGCACGCGUUUUUUGUCGCCUGUCGCGUGGCGACAAAAAACGCGGCGUUUAUAGAUGAAACAAAAUGGAACUUUUGUCUAACGUUGUUUGUGGCGUGUCGCUUUCAGAUAGAUCAGUGGCCAUCGUAUCGUCUAAACAAGGAAGUGUGGUGCAUUGAUAAAUAAUGGAUCCGUGUGUUGUAUACUUGGCAUACAAAUAUAUAAUCAAAAAGAGACGCAAGAGACGUUGGAGCGUUCACCCAAUAAAUAGUGCAAGAAAUCUCAGAGGCACAUAUUAUACACUACACAAAGAACUAAGACGAGACAAUGACAAAUUCUUUAAUUAUUACCGUAUGUCGAUAGCUUCCUUUGAUGAGCUAUGUGAAAAGUUAAAAAACACUUUCAAUAAAGAUAGGGAGCUGAUUCAAGGAUUUGCAUUCGAAGCAGAAGAAAUGUUAUCAAUGACGUUGAGGUAUUUAGGUUCAGGAUGUACCUAUACAGAGCUGCACUACAGCUACAGAUUAGGGGUCACAACGGCAAGUCUUCUAAUUCCAAGAGUUUGCGUUGCCCUAUGGCGUACAUUACAGGAAGAGUGCUUUCCUGUACCUACUGAACAACGUUGGCGCCAAAUUGCCCAUGAUUUUGCAGAAGGUACCAAUUUUCCUAACUGCAUUGGCUCUAUUGAUGGUAAACAUUGCAGGAUAAUCGCGCCUGCACAUAGCGGAUCACUGAAUUAUAAUUACAAGAACUUUUUUUCCAUUGUUCUAUUAGCUAUUGCCGACAGCAACUGUUGUUUUAUAUACAUCGAUGUCGGGUCCUAUGGUAAGGAAUCGGACUCCAUGGUGUUUAGACAAUGCUCCUUGUUUAGAAAAUUGGAAGAAGAUACCUUACAUAUCCCAAAACCUGAGAAAGUAGCAGAAACAACACUGCCAUAUGUACUCGUUGGGGAUGAGGCGUUUGGACUAACAAAUAACUUAAUGCGACCUUAUCCUGCAAAGAACUUAACAGAAAAAAGAAGAAAUUUUAAUUAUCGCUUGUCUAGAGCAAGAGGGAAAGUAGAAUGCUCCUUUGGAAUUUUAACUAACAAAUGGCGUAUACUGCAUCGACCGAUGAAUGUGAUGGAGGAAGUCGCUGUAUCCAUCAUCAAAGCUUGCUGUAUAUUACACAAUUUUGUUCGUGUGAGGGAUGGCAUCAGAUUUGAGGAUACUUUGACAAUAACAGGGCUGCAUGAUAAUGAUAGAGCAGAACCAGAAGGACGUGGACGUAAGUCUGCUUACAAAUACAGAGAUGCUUCCGCUGACUAUUUUAGCAGUCCAGCAGGGGCUGUGCCAUGGCAAAACACCAACAUAUGA